GCCCCCAGAGCUCAAAGGCGGCGGCGGCGGCUGCGGGCGGAACCAGAGCGCGCAGGGGCCGGCCCGAAGCGGCCCGAGUGCGCGCAGCCCGCGGUCCCCGCAGCGCCCCCGGCGCCCCGAGCGCGGCCAGGAACAAAUCAGCCGGCACCAUGAAUCCAUACAAAGUGACAUUGGAUGGGCCAGCUCCUUGGGGCUUCCGGUUACAAGGGGGCAAAGAUUUCAAUGUCCCCCUCUCCAUCUCUCGGCUGACUCCAGGGGGCAAGGCAGCUCAGGCUGGAGUGGGUGUGGGAGACUGGGUCCUGAGCAUCGAUGGGGAGAACACCAGCAACCUGACCCACAUUGAAGCUCAGAACAAAAUCCGGGCCUGUGGGGAACAGCUCAGCCUCAGCCUCAGCAGAGCCCAGCCCCUUGUGAGCAAACCCCAGAAGGACCCACCCCCCUCCGCUGAGCCCCCACGCUAUACUUUCACACCCAGUGCUGCCCUCAACAAGACUGCCCGCCCGUUUGGGGCUGCCUCGCCAGCUGAGAGCACAGGGGUGAAGCCAGGGACCUGCCCGGUCCCCCCACCCCCCUUCACCCCCCAGCAGAAUGGACAGCCCCUUCGGUCACUGCCUGAUGCCAGCAAAAAGCGUCUGAUGGAAAACACGGAGGAUUGGCAGCCACGCCCUGGCACUGGGCAGUCCCGGUCCUUCCGGAUCCUGGCCCACCUCACGGGUACAGAGUUCAUGCAAGACCCUGAUGAAGAGCAGUUGAAGAAAUCCAGCCAGGUACCAAGGACAGAUUCCUCGGCCUCCACUGCGCUGACCCCAGAGCCCAGAUCUGGCCCUACCAGCCCCUGGAGCUCGGGCCCCGCCAGUCGCCCCCCCUGGGCAGUGGACCCGGCGUUCGCAGAGCGCUACGCCCCAGACAAGACUAGCACCGUUCUGACGCGGCACAGCCAGCCGGCCACCCCCACCCCUGUGCAGAACCGGAACUCCAUCGUGCAGGCCGCCCAGCUGGGCCCCGACAGCAGCAAGACUCCCGUGUGCCACCAGUGCCACAAGGUCAUCCGGGGCCGCUACCUGGUGGCGCUGGGCCACUCCUACCACCCCGAGGAGUUUGUGUGUGGCCAGUGUGGCAAGGUGCUGGAGGAGGGCGGCUUCUUUGAGGAGAAGGGCUCCAUCUUCUGCCCCCGGUGCUAUGACAUGCGCUAUGCACCCAGCUGUGCCAAGUGCAAGAAGAAGAUUGCCGGAGAGAUCAUGCAUGCCCUCAAGAUGACCUGGCACGUGCAGUGUUUCACUUGUGCUGCUUGCAAGACACCUAUUCGCAACCGGGCCUUUUACAUGGAGGAGGGAGCGCCCUACUGUGAGCGAGACUAUGAGAAGAUGUUCGGCACCAAAUGUCGGGGCUGUGACUUCAAGAUUGAUGCCGGGGACCGUUUCUUGGAGGCUCUGGGCUUCAGCUGGCAUGAUACCUGCUUCGUCUGUGCUAUCUGCCAGAUCAACUUGGAAGGAAAGACCUUUUACUCCAAGAAAGACAAGCCUUUGUGCAAGAGCCACGCUUUCUCUCAUGUCUGAGCCUCUGUCUUCUGAGUCCUGCCCUGCCUGGACACAGCUUGUGGCCCUGACCAUGCCAGCCCCCCAUCCCGUACCUUCCACUCCUCCCCGUUGGGGUGACCCCAGAGCCUGUGCAGUCCCCUUGCUUUCCUUUCCUUGGGCUACCUCUCUGUACGCGGCCCUAGCACUUUGAGGCUGAGGGUGGGAAGAUGCACAUAGGCCCUCUCAGGCAGCUGGGGUAACAGCUAGUAGCCUGGUUGAUUUGGGGGGUAGGGAGGAGCCUGAGACACACUGGGGUGGUACAGAGAACAAAGACACACUUGUUCCAAAGUUUGUCCACUGAGCCCCAGCCCUGUCACACUGGGGAGAAUUAGAGAUUCUUGGAGCAGAAGCAGACCAAACUCUCCCUUCCCCACCAACCUUGCCCAUCUUCUCAGCCUCUGAGAUCCAGGUCCCACCAAAGUAGCAGCAGCUUCUCCCACACUGAACCCCAGCCUUGGACGCAGAGCCUCCAUCUGCUUUUAGUGCCUUAAUAAAUCUGUCUGUAUCCUACCCUGACCUUCAGUGUUCUCCCCUCUCUCUCCUUCCCCUGUCCCCCCCAUAGCUCCUAUUGUAGGGCCCCAGCACCUGCCAGGGAAUACAUGCUUGGUUAGUAUUUUCAAAGGAGGGGUCAGACUGAACAAGGACCUCUGCUGUUUAUGUGAGAACUACCUGGUUUCCCAACUACUUGAAAUCCUGCCAUUAAGAAAGCCCUGAUGACGGUGUCUAAGCAGGAGUGCAUCUUCAAUGAAUCGGGUCCCAAAUAAGCAGCUUUGGGUGAAAGAGACACUAAGAGGGUCUGGGGCCUCAGAGAAGUUUUGCAUAUUUUCCUAGGCUUAAGGAAACACGCGUUUGAAUCCUGCUGCUAACAUAAGCUUUGUUGGAAGGGAUUGAUUCCUUCCCCCUUCUGAACCUUAGUUUCUUCCUAUUCUUUACAUAAUCAAGAUGAUAAUGCUUCCAUUGUCCAUCUGUCAGGACUGAUAAUUCUAUACAUUGAACAAUGCUUACUCUGAUAUUAGGCAAAUUAUUUAAUCUUAGCUUUAGUAAAAUGGGGAUGAGAGUACCUCCUCUACUUGGCUUUGGGAAGAACAUUGCAUAUAUUGAGGAAGCUACAGGAAUCCUUCACCUGGCCCCAGGUUGCCCUCUCCCCAUCCUUUGCAUAAUUUAUUCUCAGCAUUUACUUCUAUAAGAUUUUGAUUUUCAUUUUUUUUCUUCUUCCUCCCCAAGAUGGCAAUCUGAUAUAGGUUAUACAUGUACAAUCAUAAACAAAUUUCUACAUUAGUCAUGUAGUAAAAGAAGAAUCAGAACCAAAGGGGAAAAAAAAAGUGAAAAUAGUAAGCUUUCAGUCUGCAUUUUGAUUAGAUAGUUCUCCAUAAAUGGUGAUAGAAUAUUCCUAUAUUUCUAACUAUGACCUUCACUUGAAAAUGUCGUGUACCCAGAGAAGUCCAUGAAUUGCCCAAACACCUAAGACUUAUGUACUAGAUAUCAUUCAGUCUUUCUGGGAGAUACAGACCAUCAGAAAGAGCAAGGAAAUGUCUAACCUUUUACAUUGCUAUACAAUUUCAGAACUGGAAGGAACCUUAGAAAUCAUCAACUUCAUCUGCCUUAUUCUAUAAUGAGGAAUCAAACUCAGAGAAGCUAUGAUUAACCCAAGAUCACAUAGCUAAGGGGUGAAAGAAACCAAAUAAAGUAUGCCUUUAACCACUGAAAAGUUAAAGGUAAUUUUAUUUUCUUCUUCUGAUAUCAAGAAAAUCCUAUAUGUUACUGACCUAUGGUUGUGAGAGUAACAAUUGCUAUUCUAGUCUGUUUCUGUUCUCUGUUUUUUGCUUCUCCCCUAUUCUUUGGGAUUUCUAAAUUAUUUAGAGUAAUUUCUAAUAAAUGUGAUUCAUUAAAAAAAAAAAAUAGAUAGUUCUCCAUA